AUGCUGACUGAAAUCACCACCGCAGCCGAGUUCCUUUCGAGGUAUCUCAUGCUCCACCAGUCCUCGAAAGACUCGGUCUCGCAGUUCAAGUCCCAUCUUAUCGAGUCGCUGCUCGCAAAAUACUCGUGCCAUUGGGACCUGCAGUGUCCCCACAAGGGCAGCGCCUUCCGCUCCCUUUCCAACCUGGCGGGGAACCUCGACCCCGUCAUCGUGUCCUCGCUGCUGUCUGCGCUGCCCUCCAGAGAGUCGAUUGCCCCGGUCGCCAGGCUCUUCCCGCUCGACCUGGUGCUGUGGAUCGAUCCUUUCUGCGUCUCCUAUCGCAUCGGCGACUACGGCCACGUCUCCACCAUCUACGAGAGCCACGCCUCGCAAGACCCGUCCCUGCAACCAUCGCAGCGAGGACCCGCCGUCGCCGCUGCUGCCUCGCCGCUCGCCAGCAGUAAUCACGGCGCCAACGCUCCGAACAAUAGACUAUUUAUUCCUGCGCAAAGAGAGCGCCGCACCCCUGUCCUCAAAAACCCUCGGUCGUUUGCGCCGCACGUCCAGUCUCCUCUCGCUUUCGUCCAGCCACGAUCCGCGAACGACUCCCCCGUCGAAUCCAACGAACGCAGCUCCCUCGUCGUGGCUAACUAA